AUGGUUCCCCGGAAACGCACCUUGUCUGCUGCAGAGAAGGGAAAAGGAGUGAUGCAAUACACGGUUAAGGCUUUGCAGGGUGGCCUGAUGACGCCCGAUAUUGCUGAGCAAGAAGCUCAUUCCGCCCCUCCAAAGGAAGCUUUGGUCUCGGAUAGGAUAUCGCUCGAGGGAACCAAGUUUAUUGAUUCUGUAACCAAGAUAGCGCGUAAGUACGACCGUCGCACUAAGCGGGAGGCUGAACGGGCCGAACAGGCGGCCGAAGAGGCUCGAGCCAAAUGGGAAGCCGAAGUGGCACAGAGAAGGGUGUUGGAUGCUAACAUGGUGUUGUUGGAAAGAACUCGUGAUGAACUGCGUGACUCGGGUGCCCAGAAAGAUUCGGAAAUCGAGUCGCUCAAGGGCCAGCUUUUACUGGAGAAAAGCUCUGUCGACUCUAAGGUUAAAACGGCCACGAAGAGGAUUGUGCGUUCUUUGAUGAGAAAAUUUAAGUCGAAGAUAGAGAGGACCAAGAAAAAGUUCAGGGCUCUCGGAAAGUCGGUGAAUAAGAUGAAUGACCUUGCUCAAGUUGAUGCAAAUCUCGAGCUCAUCCGGAAGCUUCAACGCGAGGAUGCUCCAUCUUUGGAGGAUGAAGCCGCACAAAUUUCCGAGUGGAGGGGGGAAUUUGUUGGCGGGGACGAGGACUACAAUGCGUUGUUUACCGAGAUUCAACAAGGUUUGGUUGUCUCUCCUUUUUCUUACGAUGAUGCUUCCACUUUUGAUGCCAAUCCGUUCGAGAAUCGGGCAGCAGAGAUCGGAAUUCACUUCCCCUUUGGGUCAAAUUGGGAUCCUUCUGGUGUUUGCUUGCUUGAUCCGCGUGAUGCCCGAGAUAUCGGUGCAGGGUUUGAAGGCGAACCCGAUGGUACUGAAGGCUAUGGCUUCGACGAUGGAGAUGCUAUUGAAACCGGCGCUGAUGAAGCUAGUGCCAGAGCUGAUGCUGGCGGAAGUGGAACCGAGGUCGAGGAUUAG